AUGCCUAGAUUCUCAGUUGCCUUCACCAGGCGCAAGUCCGCCGAUGUACUCGCGAAUGCACAGACGACGUCCCCCGAAACUCCAUCGUUCCGUGUAAUCGAGCGAUCAGAGAUUGAAAACGCUCGUUCAUUCGAUGGAGGCAACAGGCAAGCAAGGAAUUCCAAGUCGUUUCCUCCAAGAGCAAAUUUGCUUGAAUUAGUUGCAGAAGACAACAUGUUUGCUGAUCUCAAGACGAACCGCGGCAGCAACAUCUCCAACACCACAAAAGGAACAUCGACCGAUAACUCUUCCCGGCACAGUAACGCCUCAACCGCUCCAUCGUCCGCUGAUAUGAGCGGCCCGUAUGGACAUGAGGAUGGUCGCCCGCCGCUUAAAUCGGCACAUCAAGAGCUCCCAAGCCGUGGAAGCGUCAAGUCCAUGGGCUCGGGAUUUUUAGAUCGAGCUACCCGCACUUUCUCGUUUGGAGGGCAAAAGAAGCAUACCAUCCCCCCUCCGAAAGAGGAUGACAUGCCUGAAGUGCCUCCGCUAAAUGUUAGCAGAGGAGAGAAUCUCGGCGUUGGGACGUCUAGAGGCAUGGCAGCCUCCGCGGCGAGCCCGGCUGCUCCUGCUAGUCCCGAUGAUGGUGCGCUAGACUUGGGUGGUGAUUUUGGCUCAAUGUUCAAGACCUUUGACAAGAGGGCGAGCACUGCAACUCUCACCAUGACCACGAACCAGGACUCUACUGCGCCGAGGUCCUUGACUGGGCACCGGCAUGGACCACCACCAUCCGCCAGCCCUGAUAUCGUCACGCCCACCGAGCCUCUGCUGAGCCAAUCACAAAGUCCGAUUUGCCAUGGCGAUCAAACGUCAAUGUCGCCAAAAUCACUGCCGAAGCAGGCACCGCCUCCCGUUCCUCGGCACGAACAUCUGAACUCCUUCAAAUACUCGAGCCGCCCUAAUGAUAUUGUCGAGGACGAAGACGCCAAGUUUUUACAGGAAUCGUUUACAGCCAUGAACUUUUUAUCUGAAGCAUCGGACAGUUCGCAAGCCCCUCGUCACCGUCGUGUCGAUGAUCACCCGGCCACAUCCAGAACGGUAGCAUCUGGCUUUCAGAAAGACGAGAAUCUCUUUGAGGGCAAUCCGGCUACGAUCAAUCGAGGUUCGAACCGUCAUAACCCCCGACAGCCAUAUCCUCCGCAAAAUAAGGUCAUGACCCCGGCGCAAUUUGAAAAGUAUCGUCAGGACAAGGAGAACGUGGGGUUUUCCCAGCAAGUCGACGACAACUCCAAGCCGGCGGUGGAACUCGAGGACGACGACGACAUCAACUAUGACGAUGAUGACGACGAUCAAGAAAAGUCGAAGCAGCAGGCAAGGCAGAGGCGUAAGCAGGAAGCUCACAUGGCGGUCUACAGGCAGCAGAUGAUGAAAGUUACGGGCGAAACAAACACGAGCCCUAUUCCACUUAGACAACCAGGCCGGCCGUCUCUUGUGUCGUCAUCAACCGUCCCGGUCUUGGGUCAUUUGAAGACCCCUUCUCCAGACCCUGCCAAUGUCACUGCUGCCUCAUCUGAAGAAGAUGACGAGGAUGUUCCCUUGGCAAUUCUCCAGGCACAUGGAUUCCCCCGCAAAAAUCGGCCUCCCACUCGUCUCGCCAUAUCUGGUUCAAACCCUAAUUUGCGUGUCUCGAUCACAGGGCCAUCAUCGCCUGGCAAGCCUUCCUCCGUCAUGGGUGACCCGGCGCCUACCAGCGGUCCACGACAGUCCUCUCUCCCAGCAUUUGCUCGCCAUCUGCCACAGGAUCCCUUUGUUGGAGCCAGCAUAGUUCGCCCCUCCAUCAGAGAGUCGCUCACAUUUGGAGAUGCAAGACAGCCUUCCCCUCAGCCUUCCCCUCAGCCACCGCAAGGACCACUGCCACCCGGCGGUCUAGUAGGAGUAAUAGCGAGCGAGGAGCGGUCGAGAGCCAUGCGGCGAGGCAGUCCCAGCACUGACCCCACCAAGCUUAUUGCCGCCGCCGGAUCCGCCAACGGCCCUUUCGGCCAUGAUCCUUUCGCUGCUGCACCUCCUAACAUGAUGUAUAGUGGUGGAGGGUUGCAUCUUACGAAUCAAGCGCAUCACAUGAACCCAACGCCUCCUCAGAUGUCUCCCUCGCUGACGCCGGGUCAUCAGGCGCAACUGCAAAUGAGCCAGCAAAUGAACCAGUUCAUGCAAAUGCAGAUGCAGUUCAUGCAAAUGAUGGCGACGAAUCAAACCGGCGGAGGGCCUCAAAUGCAGCAUCAGUCCCCAGUGCAACCACAUUACCGGGGCAGCAUGGUAGGUACUCACUCCAUGGGAGACUUGUCUCGUCAUUCUAUGGUUCUGGACAAUAUGCUGGAAGCCCGCCCAACAGACACGCACACGCGAACCAUGAGCAUGGUACAGCCAAGCUCUGCGUCUUUCAUGGCACCCUUCCGUCAAGGGCCCCCUUCCAUUCGUGGUCCCGGCAACUUACAAGCCCCCUCGAUCGCGCCAUCCGAAAGAAGCAACGUAGGUCUCCCGGGCCGAUACCGACCCGUGUCUCAAGCGCCAGUCCUGUCGUCACCUCUGCUCGGCCAAGACACUCGAUCCAAUACGAUUUCCGGAGGCCUGUCUACUUGGAGCGAUGACAGGAGCAAAUCGACUAUAAAGCUCAUGAGCAAACCGGGAGACGGUUCCGAUGAUGACGAGGAAAAGGGCUGGGAAACCAUGAAAACCAAGAGGGAGAAGAAACAAUCAUUGUGGAGGAGUAAGAAGACCCUCGCCGACGAGGUCAACAUUGCUUUUUGA